GAGCGGAUCGAGGAGGAGAGGGCAGAGAUGCGCCCGGACGCCGAACGUCACAUUUUCAGAGCGCGAGAGCGCGCGGCAGUGUGGAGAGCCUGACCGCGCCGGGAGGCAGAUAUGCCGCACCGUCCCCGCUUCGGGCCAGCAGCGACCCGUCUGCACCGGAUAACGCAACCUUUUACUGGAUCAUAGGAUUACUGAUUUUUUUUUCUUUUUUUUUUAAAUAAUUUUCUUCCAAGCAGGAUUCUCCAAUCGCUCCACGUUUCCGCGGGGAUCUGCGUGAUCCUCCCCUCGCGCCACCGCGGACCCCCCCAUACCGGCUUCCCGGGAUCAGGACCCGCAGACUGACGGUUGCCUAAAAUAGACCCGGCCAGGCAUCACUGUAAAGUUCAAACAACUUUCAGGAUAAAGGUCAGGAUUCGGUGCCCUCGUCGGACAUUAGAGAACAUCCUAAUAGAUGCACAUUUUGUCCUUUUAUACGCGCGUGUGUGUGUAAUUACUACGGGGAGGGCUCUGCUAGAUUUCAGCCUCUAAUUAGAGAAUUCAACUAUCAGAGCAGAGUUGAUAGAGACCCCGGCUCCGGGGAGAGUUCAGAUCCUCAUCAAAGAUCAAAUGUGACUAAACAAAGUUCUACUCCUGAUCCUGAGGAUGCCACCGUGGGAGUCUUUUCACGGAAGGGAGACUGGGGACUGAAAGCGGGAUAUCUGCGUCUCUAAUCGGUCACGGAGGCAGAGGGAGGGAGGACGACCAGCCCCUUUCUUUAUUUCUCUUCUGGAGUGGCCCAAAAAUAUUUUUUUGCGUGCCCCUUGGACUCCUGCACAAUGAGGAUUAUGCUUCAAGUUAUUCUAGGAAUGUUUCAAUUCCUGCUGCUCUCCAGAAUACCCACGUCCCACGCCAAGCUUGCUCACUGGCGACCGUCAGACUCCCCCAAAUCCCGGGAAGGCCGUGAGGUGCGGCGGUGGCUGGAGGUUUACUCGCGGAGCGGCUGCGAGCCUCGGGACACUCUGGUGGAGGUGUGGCGGGAGCUGCCGGGCGAGACUCAUCAUCUGUUCGUCCCGUCCUGCGUGUCGGUGAGGCGGUGCGGCGGCUGCUGUGCUGACGAGGCCUUGGAGUGUGUCCCGUCGCUCACUCACACGCUCACCAUGGAGCUGAUGAGAACGUCCUUCAUGAAGCACGAGCUCAUCGAGCUGCCCUUCAUCGAGCACAGCCAGUGUGAGUGCAGAUUAAAAGAGCGAUCCGAGCCAACACCUACAGCAAGACCUGAUCGUCUUCCUGCCAGAAAAGACAAGAAAAAAGAGCGGAGGAAGUCACGACAGAAGACAGCUGAAGACGUCAGAGCUUCGACCCGAAAUUCAGCGACUCCUCCAGCCACGUCCUCUCCUCUUCCCCCGUCACCUCCUCCCACCAGCGUCUCUCCCGCUCCGACUCCCCGCUGCCGGCCCUGCAGAGGGAGGAAGUGGGCGCUGGACGCAGCGUCGUGUCAGUGCCGCUGCACCAUCAGAGCCGAGAGCUGCAGCCGGAGAGGCCGGAGACUCAAUCCCCGUCGCUGCAAGUGUGAUGCCAUGAGGACCUGAUGUGUUCACCCACUUUCUCUUCACCUCCUCCUCUCCACAAAAGCUCCGUCAAUUCAUCGCCCACUCUCAGCAGCAGCAGAGCCAUGGACCACAAGGACACCUCAAAAUCCAUCACCUCCAUCUGAAGGAAAUAUCGCAGGCAGGAGACGGCGUGGAGGAGCUGAAAUCAGAGCAACAAAUCAACCCCGGAUCUGAACGUGUGCCGACGUCUUUCCACCUCCUCGCUUCUGAGUCAACGUGUUCAGACACGCAGCAUCGCCACAACACAUCCAGCGAGGGGAGAGUGGAAGCGGCGAGUGAGAGUCUGAGCCUGCAGGUUUUGGACGGCUCUUCCCUCAGCCGCAGCCAGACUUUUGUACUGUGAAACACUAUCAUCAUAUAAAAAGGAUGCGGUGAAGACGGGUGGUUUCAGACAGACGUCCACGUGUUGAAGCUCCAGUGGAAGUUGUGAGUAUUUGCUCAGCGCACGCAGACAGAUUCCAGGGUCAAGUCAAGGUCAAUGUUUGUGGAGAGGAUUAAAAAAAAAAAAAAAAAAAAAAAAAAAA